CCCCUUGUGGCGCGCCCGUAUAGUGUGCGCGUCCGCGUCGUCGUCGUCGUUACUCGUUCAGCAGCGUUCAGUUCAGUUUACGUCCGCCUGUCGUCCAGCGAGCGCAAGAUACCGCCACAGUCUCUCUCACCACUUGUCCUCCCGCACUCACUCACUCACCCCGUGCGCCGCUGCUCGCAUCAACAACACCACACAUCACGGUCCUCUCUCCUCCGGUCGCCGCCGCCGCCGAGCGCAUGACAAAAUAAAUAAUAAACAAAUAAUAAUAAUAAUACCACUCCGAUCGCAGAUCUCGUAUUAUUCUCAACCGGCGCACACGUCGACUACACGCACGCACACUCGUCUGCCGCACUUACUGCCGUUGCACCGACAACAUCAACAACAACCACCCAGCGAACACACGCCGGCAGUUUUACACCAUCGAACAAAUAGUUUUCAGCCAUCGUUAUCAAGGUACGCUUAAUUUUUAAUACGUAAUAUUAGUACCUAGGUAUUUUUAAUAGCUAUUAUUGUGUAUAUUAUCAAAUAUUAUGGCAUACGACGACGAGGACGGCCGGGUAAAAUAUUAUGAUUUUAAAAUAAAUAAUAAUGUUAUCGUUUAAAAAAUACUAUUGAAUUCUUUUGGUAAAGCGGUCUGGUAUAUGUGGUCUAUUGCGUUGUUCGGUAUAGGUACCGUUUGGGUUUUCUUGACGGUACCUACUCGCCUUACCAUUGUCCGUUCCGGGGACGAAUUUUCGACAGACAAAAACAGCGUAAUGUUCGAUGGUAUAAAGAAGAAACAAACGGCGCCAGGACGUCCGUGUAAUACAAUGUACCUACGUCACGGCGUCGAACGUGGUUAGAGGGUUUUGCGGAAAUUCUCGGACAAUUAUUAUUGACGCGGGUGCCGCGUUAUGGGUACUCGGAUAAUAUUAUUUUCGUUGUUGUUGACGAAACGGGAACACAAAAGGCGUAUUUUAAAGGGUAGGUAUGUCCGCCGAUGCGUACGAAGAGGUACGCACGUCGUCGUAAUUCCCUCGGGGACCGCGCACCGGUACGGCGCCAGUAUUGUAGGUUUUUUUUUUUUCUCGCCUGUACAAUAAAAAUCUGCACGAACGAAAUGAUAAAAUAUUUCAUCAUAGGCUAUCACCGUUAGCAGCGCUCUAAUCAGACCUUUUUUUUCUCUCUUGGAUCGUCCGAUAUAGAUUGCAUUUUAUUAAUAAUAGACAAUAUCGUCAGCGGACGCACACGCGUGUAUCGAAUGGUUUUUUUUUUUUUUAUUACAUUUUUUUCUUUCAUUUAUACAUAGGUAUAACGCACGAGUUUGACGUGCAUACCGGCGGCGAUGUUAAUAACAUUUUAUUGUGUAAUAAAUACAAUAUCGGACUUGUAUACCGAAGAUAACGAAUUUUCUAUCUCUCUCGCACUCUCAGUCAAUUGAUCUAUAUUGGUAUACGUUGUCGAUUAUACUCGUAUGAGCAUAUUAUUAUUUUGCGUCUAUAAAUAGUAUAUAACGACGAAGUUAAAAUAAUAUGGUUGUUAAAACGAAAUCCUGUGUUAGGUUAAAUCUAAUAGGUAUUACCUAUACGGGGUGCCACACUGUGUUCCAGAGCUGUUAAUAUUGAUUUUUUUUCAAUCUGCUUUUCUUUGAGGGGGACGUCUAUUUAGAGUAAAAUUAAAUUUGUAUUUGUAUCCUCUAUAGUCACCGAAAAAACAAAACUAAUAAUAACUUUAUUUAUUCACUUUACAACAUUUUCAAAAUAGCCGUAUUGUACAUUUCAUAUUAUUCUAGACAAUUUAAUAUUUGACGUGCGAUCAAUAGUUUUUUUUUUUUUAAUAACAGCCGUUUUCAUUUCUAACAUUUUCAAUUUAUAACAAAAUAAAUCCGAUAGUUAUUGCAUAUACGUGGUAGUCUCUAGGAAUUAAAACUGUUGUUACUAAGAGUUUAUUGAUCAGAUACGAAUGAAUGAUACCAGGGGCGUCGUGUACAGCGGGCUCUGUGGCUGUGUUCGCCCCAUGAGCUUGAUAAGACGGAACUCAGCCCCCCACGAUUCUCAUAUUAAAAAAAAAAAAUUAACAUUAAUGCUAUUAAAAUGUUAUAACAUACAAAACAACAAAUAUAUUAGUAAAAUAUAUUACUAUAUUUUAAUAAUUGAUUACCGAACAAUUUAAGGAAAAUAAAUAUAGGUGGUCAAAUAUAGGUAAAACUUUACAUGCGUGUUUAUACAAAUAAUGAACCCCUUAUGACAUUUUAAAAACCUGGCGCCUCCGUAAAAUACAUUAACAUUUUUAGAAUAAUAUCUUCUGAAAAAUAACUUUUAUAAAAAUUGUGUCAAGUAAAUAAUCUUGUUGUUUAUUCCGUUUGUUUACCUAGUAAGGAAUGAAAAUAAAUAUUUAUUUUCGUUCUAAAUAGACGGCCCCUCAAAAUUAAAAGCAGUUUGAACAAAAAAAUAAAAAAAUAGAACUUAUAUCAGCACUAGAAAGACACGGUCGGGUACUCUGUAUAUAGUAAAAACUCGUACUAUCUACUCAAACAAAUCUAAACAAAAAUGCCCUAACUUUAUUACAUCGACAUUAAUACGCAGCUAUUAAUAAUAAUGAUAGUAAUAAUAUAUUGAUAAUAUAUUUAUAAUAUUUCAACGAUUUUUUUUUUUGGUCUUCUGUUUUUGGCUUACGGCGCGGUUAGGUUUAGUAACUUACUAUUUUUAUUACUCGGGUGUAAUUUCGAGUUGCGACACGGCCGACGACGAUUGCUCGUUAAAUUCGCGUAUCUACGAGCACACAUACCUAAUAUGCAGAAUAAUAAUGUUCAAUUUGCGCGUUGCGUAUAUUUUGCAGCGUGUAGCCGACGGGGUCACGACGAGGUUAAAGGUGUUAACGGAUUCAUUAUGAAAUAAUUACGUUAUCCGUAUCGAAACUCGAAAACAUCUUCAUCGGCAUUACUCAACAGCCUUUGUGUUGCACAUUUUAUUUUUGCUUCUUCUCAUCAUAAUCUGGCGUAUAGUAUUAUUAUUAUAGUGUACCGCUCUAAACUUUAGACCUGCGGUCAGAGGCGUGUGCGAAUUCCCAUACGGUACUUUAAUUCCGGCGGGUACAAAAUAAUAAUUAAAAAAAAAAAAACAAAAACAAUAAUCGCAAUAAAAGUAUAAUGCAACGGCAAAGGUGCAAGCUUUUAGUUUUAUCGUUCCUGGUUCGCGUAUACUAUAAUAAUAAUAUUAUAAUGUAUAGAACGAAUAACGCGAGUCGCCGUGCGAACUGAUGCGCAAUUUACACUCGGCGAAUCGCGUCGGGCGGACGGGAAUUAUACCAUCACAAAUUGCCGUAGAGGAUAAACCAUAAAAUAUAUGUAUAAAAAAAAAAAAAACCCUAAUUAGCCGGGUAUCGGCAGUUUGGUAAAACAGAAAAAAAUAAAAGUACAUAGCCGUCGUCGUAAACAUUUGCGGACGCGUUGUAAUUACGCGCCGUUGCCGCCGCCCCCGCGACUAAAAAAAUCGGUAUUUUUCACAUUAUACGACUACACGGUCUACUAACUGCUCCCCGAAUGUCAUAGAAAAUCAUCGAAAUAUAAUAGUAAUAAUAAUAAUAACAAUUAUUAUUAUUUUACGUAUUCAUCCCGCCCCUCCGUUUUGCGCGUUUUGUCGACCGAAAAACACAAAACAAAAUCUCGUAAAUAACAUUUCUUGCGCGUUUCCGGUUCCCGUUCACAGCAUGUAUGUAUAUUAUAAUUCCGUGUAUUAUACAUUAUUAUAUAUAUAUAUCAUACGACUUCACGGUUAUAAAUAUACGCGUUAUGUACGGGCUGCGCGCACACGUUAAAAUCGAAAUCCCUGUACAACGCGAUUGUAAAAAGGGUCCAAAUAAAUAUGUCAUGGGUUUUUUUUGUUUUUUUGUUAAUAGCCCGUAACACGUGUGCCCAACGUUUUUCGAUCAUCAAUAACCGACAACUAUUGUGUGUGCGUAUAUGUGUGUGCGUGUACGCAGCAUCUGCUCGCCAUCACGAGCUGCACAGUUUUCGACCUAUGUACACACGCCUAUAUGUUGUAAUAUUAUAAUAUACUUCUUUAGAGAGUUCGUUUAGGUAUAACACUUAAAAUAUAUAGAUACCUAUUUUAUUCAACUGCUCGAAGGCCUACACAGAAACGAUACACGGGCAGGGGGGCUUAGAAGCCGCGGCUCCCCUCAAGUCCGUGAUUGUGUUAAAAACGACUAUACAAAAAAAAAAAUUAAUUUACUAUCAACUAUUGCAGACACGUACUAGUGUGUAGUUAGAGUUAUUUACCUACAAUUGAUAUACUACGGAGCAUAAAUAAUCUUAUAAAAUAAGUUUUUGUAUAAUUUUCUGAUAAAUAUGACUUGCCCCCCCACCUAAACCAAGUCUCUGGGGUUAUCCCUGUAUACGGGUCGUCUGAGCGUUGAGCGUUUCGAAUAAAAAAGCGAACGUUGAAAGAUAUAAAUACGUGUGCGACAGUGUAACAGGGGGGUAGGGGGGUAGAAUUUAAAAAAAAGAGCUGAUAGAUCGAGAUGGUGGAGAAGGAGAAAAUAAGACGUUGACACUGCACAUACUAAUCACUGCAAUAUAAAAAUCCAUUAAACUGUCAACAUUUGGCCGAACUAGAUAUUCUGUUUUCCGUUUUCCAAUCUGUUUGGUCUAAACAAUCUAAACGUUAUUCAUCGACUAAAAACUAACAGUUUCCAAUAUUUAGUGACGAUGACCCUUUGGCCUUUGGAAUUUACAUUACAGUCAAACGAAUAUUGUAUAAUAGGCAUUAUUUGAAAAGUUUGUUUAUAUCUGAAAUCUGGUUUCAUUCUGGAAACUUUAUUAUCUUAAUAUUCUACUCGGAAUAGAAAAAUAAGAUUUCUUUUAUAUUUUUUCGAAGAACUACAAUAAUUAUUUAUUAUUAUUUAUUUUAGUAUUGUUUAAUAAGGUAAUAUUUACCAUAUCUGAUACAUACAGUACUAUACAGCAAGUGUUCCAAUUAUAUUACUCAUUGUAAUUUCAAAUAAAUAAUCAUUUCAACAUAUAUUGUCGAUAAAUAUCGUACAUAUAUGUUUUAUUAAUAUUGCAUCUUAUUAUUUGAAAAAAAAAUAUCUAUUAUGACGAAUCAAUCAGAUAUUUGUUUGAAACAUAUGUUGUUCAUUUGAUCCCGGCCGGUAAGAAUACGUUUUUGACUUACGGACACGAGUGCGGAUGUUUUUCUUUCGAUAUACCGAAGAAGAGACCGUUCGCAAUCUAAAAUGGAGAUAAAACGAGACAGACGCACACCAUAGGUAAUAAUACUUGUACCGUUACAUAUGUACAUAGGGAACAUACAUACCAUAGUAUACCAUUAUAAUAUCGUACGAUCGGAGUUCCAAGAAAUGGCGUAGACGCAGGAAAAAAACUACGCAACUCCAGUACAAAAAAUAUGUAAUGCCCGGAGGCCUUUUCGAAGUUCGAUAUUCCGGUUGCGAACACGACGUGCAGUGCAACAAUAAUUAUUGUUCUUACAUAAAAUAAUUAUUAUAAUCAUGCAGUGUAUGUUAUAUAUAUAAAUCUUUACGGAUUGGGUACAGUAGCGGAUUUGAUUUGUCUUAUAGGGAGGGGGGGAGCAAUAUCCUUUUGGUCCAAAAAUUAUACUUUUAACUAACAUGAUCAGACAUCAUUCAGUCAAUGUGACUACUGACCGUUUAAUGUGAUAGCACAACUAUCUUCAGAGACCGUGAUAAUAAUUUAUUAACCCUGAACUUUUGUAUAGAUUUCUGAAAGAAAUUAUAAUUUAUAAGUAGUUUGAUGUCUAGGGAGGGUUAUGGCCUCUACGGCCCCUCCCUAAACGCCAGGCAUGGUUGGGGAUGCAUAAUCUGGUAAAAUUAUUACGCAAGUCGUCAUGUUAUUUCGAAAACUCAUUACCUUAUAUCCAUUCUAUAUAUUACCUACUCUUUCUAUCAUCGCCUUUUUCUAACCUAACUAAAUCUAUCUUCUCGACUAUAAUAUACUCGUAAUAUCGAUUCUACUUCUCACAACACAAUCUCAUAAUACUAUCUCACCAUACUUUCUCUAAUUUUCCUGUUAUACCCUCCCUCCGCUAUUCCUAGACUACCUAUUAUAAAUUCAUCCCUUAUAAUCCUAUCUACCCGGCCACACAAGUCGACAGUCUCAUUUCUGUUACUUCCUUUUACAUAUCUUAUCUGUUUUCUUCAAUACAUCAUCGCUGGCCUCACAACGAUUUUAUACAAUUUUCCUUUUAUCCCUAAUGGCACCGUUUUAUCACACAACAACACUCCUGUCACUUCCCUCAACUUCGUCCAACCUGUAUAAUUCUAUACCGUACCCUCUACAAUGUAGAGUCUACACGAUUCUUCAAUUUUCUCUUGCACCAUUACUUGAACUCUUCUGCACACGAUUUAUAUAAUAUUUAACCUUUGUAAACGAGAUCUCUUAUCCCCAGCACUGAAAGUCAAAAUUAAUUCCGUUCGUGUAUAUAUUUUGAACAUUACUAUAAUGUGUACUUGUUAUAAUUAUUUUUUUAUGACUUUUCCGUCAGAAAUUUACUUCAAUCUCAAAAUUACAAGACAGCUUUUUUGUGGAAUUGUAGAUCUAUUUCGUGCAUUGAGGAGGUCAUUUUUUAUUUUCAUGUAUUUUUAUAAUAAUUAGGAAAAACGGAAAAAUGUAUGGCAAUAAAUUCUACUAAAAAUCUUGCUCCGAAAUUCAAGUGCAGUAUUGUUUUCUGAAAGAAAAUGUUUUCAAGUUAGAAAGAUGAUUUUCUGUGGUUAUCUUAAUAACUGGGAAAAAAGAGAAAGUUUACAAAAAUAACGAUUUUAUUUGGUCGCGCUUAAUUAACUAAAAGCUCUUAAUAAUAAAAAAAAAAAAACGGUUUCAUUAUUUUCGAUUCUGUUUUUUAUAGUAAUUCAGUUAAAAUAAUUGAAGAAACUUGAAGUUUCGUGAUUGCAUCUGACAUUUUCGAGUGUUUUUAGUUAAUUGGUUUUAUGUGCAGGAUAAAAUGUUUCUUGGCUAAUCAGAAAUACUUGAAAAUUGUACAUGAGUUUAACCAUAGGUUGUACUUAGUUGUCAGGAAAAAAAAAGUUUUUCGCAAUGGAGUAUUUUUUUUAUUUGCACGCAUUUAAAAUUCAUAUUUACAUGGAAUCCCUAAAAAUCGCAGAAUUUCACGUAUUAAUUUUCGAUUUACGUGAGUACAAUUUUUCAGCCAAGUUUUGUGUUCAAAAAUUUAACAUCAGGUUCAUUAAAAAAGUCGAAUUUGAUUUUUUAAAAAAAAAAAUAAUAAUAUAUUGUAGUAUUUUAUUUUGAAAAAGCGUUUUUUAGUUGAAAUUUUUACGAUAAUAACAAUUACGGCAUAUUUUCAAUACACUUUUAUCUGAACUCCGCUCUUCCUAAUCCGUUAUUCGUUAGCAAUGGUUUAUCGUUGCGUACAGAUAUGAGAAUUAAAUAACUUUAUGUAUUCCUGACUUCCCAAAAUUUCGCCCCUACGACAGCGGCACAUCCAAUAAGUAGUUGCUCUUUUUCUUUUUUCUUUGCUUUUAAUUUAAUUUUGUAUAUUAUAUUGCUGCAGUUUGUUUUUGGAUUGUCACUCAGCAAAACAUGCUGGUGUGCCGUGUACAGGGUAGUUCUGGGGCUGCCCCCCAACGAGCUUGAUAAGACGGAGCUCAGCCUCCCGCUCUUCUCAUAUUGUAUAAAAAAAAAAUAUCAAUAUUUGUGAUGUAUAUCCUAGAAAUACUAAUUUUAUUUAUAACACAAUUAAUCGAGAAAGGUUUUUAUAUUUAUAUUGAUAGUAAAGUGUAGAUUUUGAUACAUUCAACCAGGUUCUUGGUUAACUGAUGUCUGAAAUUUUUUAAUUUUUGUCUAGUGAUGCUAAUACUAUUAAAAUGGUAUAAUAACAUACAGAACAACACAUAACUAUAUUUUACUAGUCGUAGACAAUAUGACGUGGUAAGAUUUAGAUAAAACUCAACAUAUACGUUUAUAAAACAGUGGGCUCCACGUGACAUUUUUAAAACCCGGUCCCUUAAAACCUUACUUAACCUCCACGCGUUCGUAUAUUGUAAUGUGUGUACGGGCGCGGUUUAUUUUCGCGAGCCGGCGCAAUUCGACUUUACUGAACGGCGGGUGUGUGUGUCGAUCGGCGUUUUUUUGAAUUCGUUUCGCCGGCGAGUCAAAAUGUUUACUGAAAUAUAGCCGCGAGCCGUGGCCAUAUGCCGCGGCUGCAUUUCCGGCCGGUACAAAAUAAUUCGCGUACUAUACGCGCGCACCGCGUAUAUAAUGUACGAAAGAGCCCCGUUAAAUGCCUUCCCCUUCGAAAUUAUUCAAAACUAUCCCGGAACGCGAUCAAAACCGCUUUACGGUAAUAUUAUUAUUACUAUGGGAAAGCGGGCGCCGUGGUCGACGCGUAUCGCCGUCCGUCGUAUAUUAUAUUGUUACAAUAAUAACAGUAUUGUAUUUUCGACCCUUUCGCGAACUUGUUUUCGCCGAAAAUGCCUCUUAGGUAUAGGUACGUCGCGGUCGUCUACCGGCUCCGUCACCUACAUAGAAUAACAAUAUUAUUAUUAUUAUUAUUAUUAUUAUUGUUGUUAAUAUAUUAUACGCGUUAUAGGUUAUCGUUUGCAAAUUAAAAUGCCUAUUCAUUUCGGGGAGCCAUUGUGCGCGCGCGCGCCCGUGUGUGUUUAUGUGUGCGUGUGAGUGUACUCGCGUAGAGGAUAUUAUUAUUGUAAUAUCCGAGCUGGUGGACACACCCAUCAUAGAGCGUAACGAUACGACCGAAUAAUAUAUAACAUUAUUAUUAUUAUUAUUAUUAUUAUUAUUAUUAUUAUUAUUAUCAUCAUAGUAUAAUAAUGGCUCUUGGACAAUGCGGUCCGACUGUAUACGCACUCUUCGCGCGCGGUGACAAAAGACCUACGGGUACCUAUAAUACACGAGUGCACUGUAUAAGAUUCAUUUUCGUCUCACCACGCCGUCGUCGCGUCGUCUCCCGCUGUUGGACGAGCCGCAGCUCCCCUUCGCCCGUCGGACGCCACGACGGAAUCAUAAUAUUUAUAAUACCCGCGCGCCGUAGUUUAUCGACCGUAUAAUAAUAUACCUAUAUAACGAUGACGUGUAUACGCGGGAGAGUCCCGUCCGGGUCCCCCGACCUCGAAUCGGGUUUCUUUUCUUAAUCCCGUCGGCCGGCCACCGUUCGUUAUUCGCUUACCAAAUGGCAAUUUAUCCGGUACUGUAUUGCCUGCACGGAUAAAUUGGAUAAAAUGUAAUAUUGGUAUUAGGGGAAAAAAAAAACAAAAACUGCAAUCAGAUAUUCUUACAAUAUGCUAAAAUAAAUUUAAAUUGUUAUUUAAAAACCCCGAUUCCAUUAAUACAAUAUUACAUAUUAUUAUAUUUGAUGCAUUAACCUACAGCAUAUUUUUAAAUCCUAUAUAGGGCUUUUCAAGCUAUAAAUCAGAAAAAUAAGAUAAAUAUAUAUAUAUAGAUGAAUAGAUUUCCAACAAAAGUAUACCUAUAACAUCACAAUAUCCUGUUCAGUAAGGUUUUUUUCGUUUAUCGGUUACCUUAUUAUUUUUAUGUGAUGGAAGUUAUCAUUAAACCUAACAAAAAUACUAAGAAAAAACAUUUUCUUGUUAAGAUACUAAUAACUAUAUUUUUUAUCCUUAAUUCGUAAUAUUAUAUUAUAUUGUAUCACGUGCAACGAAAGUUCCCAGUCGAUCUCUGACUGCCGUCGUCGUAUUCAAAAAGCAUAUUUUUGAAUUCUCGCGAUACGUUUUAUCUUAUAUCUGCGCCGGUAAGUUCACCCGGCGCGUAUACAUGAUGUGGGUUCAACCCCUUCCUCUUCCCCUUCCCGAAAUGCUAAACGUUCCAAUUUCGACGCAUCGUCAUAAGUAUAAAUUCUGUAAUUCAAAAUGUUAAAUUAUUUUACUUACAAAGCACCCCAAAUUCCUCUCGAUUUUUUUUUCCAACGCACCCGAGCAUUUGUUGUUUUAUUAUUUUAUACUCUGUUUAGAAAAUAAGAUGAUAAUAAUUAUUAAUAAUAAUCAUUGUUGUAACCUAUAUGAAACAUAAUCACAAUGUCGCAUCCUCUUAGUGAAAUUGAUCAUAUGAUGCAUGAAAAGUAUUAUUUAUUAUCUGUACCACGAAAAGGAAACCGUUUUUUUCACAUUUUGGUGAAAUUUGUAAAAAUAAAAUAUCUUUUCACGAAAUGAACAUACAAAUUGUAAUGAUUUAUUUUAUUUUAUAAAACGGGCCGUGGCCCAAAUACAGAAAAACUUACAUGCUAGCUUAAUUUAAUAAUUACAUAAGCAGAUUAACAGUACUACAUAAAUAAAGUAUUAAUAAGACAGAAAUGACGAGUCCUCGUUGGCAAUACGCAUCAUCCUAGCCAUCGGUUGGUUACACGAGUAGUUAGUAGUAAUGGUACAGUGUUUAAUGACGAAAGUAUACGGUGAUCGGGACCAGAUAUUUUUAUAAUAUAUUUUAAGAAUUAAAAUGAAAUUAUCGACAAACACAAAGUAUUAUUAUCAUUAUUAGGUAUUUGAUAAUUGUUACCUAUUAUAAAAUUUUACGCAUUUCUCGCUACAUAUACAUUAUUACAUUAUAUCCGCUGCAGUUAGCAUAAUUGUAUAUGUUAGGUAUGAUUUUGCAUUUUUUUUUUUGAUCCAAAAUACAUUUGAGACGGAUAAAAUCAUAAUUUGAUAUAAUUUUUUAAUUAUGUUUCAACAUAAUUUACAGUAAAUAUAUAUUUAAGAGACCUAGUUUUGUUAAUAUUUCCAUGUAUACGAUUUAUGAAACACCCGGAUAAAGACAUUUCAAAACUCUUUAAACAUAAGAUAUACAUUUUUUUUCGAGUAGUUUCUGCAAAUAAACUAAAUUAACAAAAACUGCUCCUAAGGAAGUCUAAUUACUCGAGUAAUAAAUGUAUCGGUGAAAUACAAGUGCACAAUUAAGUUUUACGAAAGAAAUUUCUUUUAAAAUUAAAACUUUACGUAAGUACAUAAUUUUAUUUUAAAAAACCCUGUCAAGUUAGCUUACCUGUAUAGAUUGUCUGUGGCUAAAAACGAUUGCGUAAGUUUAUAGUUUACGCAAAGUAUUAUGAAUCGAAUAAACCCAAAACUAUAGGUAGUUUGAAACUUCGAAAAUCCCGAUUGUACAUCAGGGAAUGUGUCGAGUUUUCAAAAGGUAAUUUUGAGGGCAGUUUUGUUGUUUCCCCCGAGAUUCGCACAAUAUACUUAAAUUAUUCAACAUAGUAUAUACACGCACACUUCUGUGUAUAAUAAAUUAGGAGAGCUUACACAGGACGUAUAUAUUAUCAUAAAUGUAUAGCCACAUAUGCCCACAUGUGUGUCGCCAGUAUGACAAAAUGUCCACCGUGGGAACGGUUUUAUUGUAAUAGAUUAUUGUACACAUCACAAUGAUGAACCUUUGAUGAAUUUUAAACAUAAUAUAAUUUAUGGCAGUUGUAUAUACAUAUUAGUUGUAUAUAUAUAUAUAUAUAUUAGAAAUUAUAUUAUUAUGGAUACGGUCUAUUUUACACAAUAUCAAAUAUUUUUUACUUAUUUUAAAAGCAAAACGGAAUUUUUUACCGACAGAUACUUAUUACCGAAACAAAAAAAAAAAGACCUACUGAAAUAAAUGACGAGCGUUUUCGAUAUAAUAUUUUUGUUUUAAUUGUUUGCGAUCGCAGUGUGUAAUUUAUACUCGGUGGGUAAUCAUGAUUAUUAUAAAAUAUUAAUAAUAUAUUAUAUGAAGUGUAAAAUGUAUAAUAGCGGUAUAACUCUCUUUUUAUUUGCCAUCUUAUUUUUAUCUCUACGACCAUUAUAUUAUAAUAUAAUUAAUUUGUUUUUUAUACUUUACGCGCUAUAAUCGUUUAUCGAUUAGCGCAAUUGAUAAAGAUCGUUUAUUAAAAAGAAAAAAAACUGUCAUUCGUUUCGAGGUAUAAAACAGCGAUGGAAAUAACCAAUUAAAGUUCAUUAAUUUAUCCGGAAUAAUUUUAUAAUAUCAUCAUGACAACGACACGCGAUUAUGUUUAAUAGAAACUCGUCGGACGUAAAGGAACGUACUCCCACUGUUACACAUUCAAUAUUCAGUUCAGUCAUAUUCCAAACGUUGACAGUUCAGUCAAGAUUUUGACUUCGGUUGAACAUUUGAAUCAAAGUCAAAAUGUUUUCGGUUAAUUUUGCUCCAGUCGAGCCAUGGCGGGCUGAACCAAUUGUGGACGGGAGGUUAUAAUACUUUUACCGAACGGAUCCAAUGUGCUUGCUCCUUGUAAUAAUAAUAAUAUUUUCGGUCAUUAUAACGUUAUUUAAAUCGAUAGGAUUAAUGUUGUCGAUCGUUACGAUUAGGCGGUGUACUAAAUAGUUUUGAGUGUAUACAUAGUCAUAUUGUGUGAACCGAUACACACAAUAUUAUAAUAAUUCACUCGGAUAUUAUAUAACAUCGGUCGAAGGGCGGGCAGCGGGGCGAGGGAAGGACCGUCUACUGCUGCAAGUGACUUGGGUCGAAAUACGUGUAUAAAUAAUGAUCAGUAUUAUAUAUCGCAGCUACAUACCUAAUAGUUAACUAUACCAUUUUGUAUAAUAUAUUACUAUAAUAGCUAUGUAGGUAGUAUAAUUAACAAUGUAUGUUUAAGCGCAACGCGUGUAUACUGUGUUUUUAUGUUUCGUAAGAACAAGUACAUUAUAUUAUAUGCCUACUUGAAUACCAACUGCAGGGUAUAAACUGUUACAUUAUUAUAAAUAAACGGAGAAUAAUUCGGGAACUAUAAUAUUCUGUAUCUAGGUAAUAAUAAUAGCUACGGAAAAAAUGUUCAUAUACCAAAAAGGCUACGAGAAAUAUGGUAUAAAAUCCAAAAUAUGAAAUCGCACUUUGAAUUUUUAAAUAACAGCCCAACUUUCAACAACAGAUUCAAAUAGAUAAUAUUUUCUAUGUAUUUUUAUGUGCAUUACAGAUUUACCGUUUAUGAGCUAUAACAGUUCAAAGUUUAGACCGGAAGAGUAGGGAAAAAUUAUCAAUUUAUUAUUUAAAAAUAUAUAUAUGCAAUCUAUUACCUUUUAAUAUCCCUCUAAUAUCCAAAUUGUUCACUUUGGAUGAGUAUCCACUCAUUUCAGGUAUAAGUAGUACCUAGGGCUACACGAUUCCAUAAUGGUUAAAAGAAACAAAAAUCAAAUUCAUUCAAAUCCUCUAAGAAAAUUACUGGUUGAUGACAAAAAGCCCCUAUAUAUAUAUAGGUGAGUUAAGUUUAGAAAAGAAAAUGUACAGGCUAUAGUAAUUUGGGAUUUUGGGAGGUAUUUAUAAAGGCGCAUCGAGCGAAUCUAGAUCUAAAGAUCCAAAUUUAAAAAUGUAUACAAAUGUUUUUCUUGAUUUUAUGAAUUUGACUAUAGUAUAUUUUAAGAUAUUAUUGCUAUUAAAGUAAUUAAUUUUACUAUUAUAGUAUUAAAAUGUGUCUAAGUCUAAAUUUUAUUUUAUACUAUUUGAGUACCUAUAUUGAUGUUUCAAAAUGUUUGUGGUUAUUUAUAAAAACUUUUUUCUAAAUUUUUAAAUUUGCGAUAUUUUAUCUAUGAAUAUUUUGAACGAUUACUGCACCGAGCCUAGUGGGUAUAGAUGAAGGAAUAGUGACAGAUAAAGAAAAUGUAGAGGACGAGAAUAUAUUUUAAGACUCAAUAAGAGUACUUAUGUACCAGUCUCCACUCGCGUGGAAGAAUACCAUGUUAAACCUUUGACGGGAAACAAUAUUUAGAGAAACACGCGAAAUGGCUGGGAUGCCGGUGGUAUCGAAUAACGUCCAUAUUAUGUUUACUGUAGGGACUAAAAUUGUGUGUAAAGUACGAAAUUAAAUAGCAUGUAACGGCUAUAUUAUGAUAUUUAUUUGUUUUCGUUUUUAAUUUUGUAUUUUUUUGCACUUUUAAUAAUUAUUAUAGGAAAAAAAAAAAGUUCUAAAAUAUAUCUUUAUUAAAAUGUUAAAUAAGAACAAGUUGACUCUGAAACAUUAACAGUUAUCAAUCAUCUAUUAUAUUCAUGAUUAGUAGAUUAUAUUAGUUAUGUAUUUUUUUUAAAUGUAAAUUAAGAUUAAUUUGCGAGUGAUUACUUUUCGUUAAUGUGCUGAUCAAACAUUCCCCUGAAGGCUGAAACAAUUGUGUUGUGGGAGGGGGGAGGAUGAUGAUACCUAUGAUAUAAAGCGUGUAAUACAAAAAAGUGUAUAUUGUAGCGUUCUGUUUACUGCACAAAUUCCAAAACUAAUUCUAAGAUAAAAAAAAAAGGACGUGCGUAAAUUAUUAUGGUUAUGUCCGCAAUAUAUACAUCAAAUUGUACAAGUGUAAUAUAGCUGGCAUAGUGAAAUUGAAUUUACUUUACAAAACUAUAAUAUAUUAUACCUAAUAUGUACGAACGUAUAAAUAAAUGUGCAAAUUUAUAACAUUUUAACUGAUAUUGUUAAUCUAUCUAUACUAGCAGUCGUUUAUCGUUCAUUUAAUAUUGUUUAUUUUGUGUAACACGACGAUGGACUUUUGGCAACAACUCUAGUACACGUAAACCAUUCAUAAGUAAAACUUCAAUAGUGAGACCAUUUAUUUGUUUAUUUUAAUUUAAAGAUUUCACUGGUUUAACUUGUAUACACGAAACAUAACUGAUUGCGUGGCAAUUCGAAGAUUCCAUUACUUUACUUAAUUUAUUUUCGUAUUUUAUACUUUUCUAGUUAUCGACGUAAAUCAUCUUAUUUUUAGCUUAAUUUUUAGCUUAAAUAACAAAAAACAGUCCGUAUUUCGUAAAAACUUAUCGUUUCAUCGUUCGAAAGAUUGUAUUAAAUUAAUUUAUUAUUGAAAAUUAUGUACAAGGCAAUGUUCUAAAAUAAAAUUAACCUUACCGAAAUAUUACCGUACAAAUAUUUUAUACCUUUAUUAUUUUUGAAUGAUGAAAUCCCGUCAUUUCGAAUACUAUUUUGUGAAUUAUGUGAAUAACAAUUUUUUUCCCAGCAAAAAUAUUUAAAAAUUUGACGCAAGAUUCACCAUAAAUUGUAUUUGUUGUGGUAAAAAAUUAAACUGAGAGUAAUGUGAUAAUUUUUUUAGUGUUUAAACUCGAAUCUGUAUGAAAAUGUUAAAAAUCGAGUCAUUUCAAAACAUGUUUAACUGGAUCUUCCUCAGAAUAAUUUUUUACUAAUAAAUUUAUCGUUACGUAUAGUUAUAACAUUAAUAGUACUAUAUAUAUAGUUAAUUAUGUCCUAUCUUUCCAACUACCUCACACCUCCUUAAAGUCUAACUCAUGAAAAGAAAAAACUCCUUUUACAAUUUAUAAUUCCUGCAUGUUGUUAUAAAAAUAAAUAAUGCAUUAUAGUAUUAUACUGUUAAGAAAUAGUUUUUGAUUGUUAAAUAUUCCGUGUAUAAAUUAUAUUAAAUGAAACAAUAAAUUCAUUUUGUUCAAAUAGGUGAGUACUAAAGAAGAAGAUAUAAAAUAUAAUAUAAAAACGCCAAAAACACUCGAGAAUGAAUAGGCUCUCUUGAAUAAAAGAAAUACGAUUUUUCUUCUUUUUCUCUCGUAAAUCUGGUACAAUAUUUUUGCUGUUGUCUCUACAAGGAGGUGGUUAUUGCUGUCAUAAAUACUUCAUAUUUUUCGUCUUUACUGGGUCGUUAACACCGCAAAAGCCACAAACACAGACACAAAUACACUCACACAUUAUAAUCCUAUACCUUAAACGCGAAUAAACCAAAAACUUGGCAAACAUCCACCGGAUGUUUUAGUAAAGAUUUAUACAAUGCAUCUUUCAGGGUGCCUCCUUCCGGGACUUUGUGAGACGUUUAUCUUUGUGUAGGUGAUAAUUAUUUUCAAAAGUACGUUCCAAUAAUAUUUUACACCACACCUACACUAUAUUUUUCAGAAAUUUAGGUCAUUGUUAAUAAAUGUAUAUAAUAUAGUGUAUAUUGUUUAAAAUGUGUACACUAUAUUAUUAUUACAUAUAAUAUUCGUUCAUUAUUUUGAAUGUAUCUAAUUACUUCUUCAAAUUUAAAGCCACCGUACCCAUUUUCAUAUAAUUAUUACUAUCUUAUAAUGAUAAGAUUAAUAAAUAAUUAAAUUGUAAUUAAUGCAAUAAUAUAUUUCAUUAUUUAGCACCAAUUAAGAAUCCAUUAAAUGAAAAUACGACAUUUAUUAUUUUUAUAUAAAGUAGGGUAUACCCAAGAAAAAAAUUCAGAUUAAUCGAGGCACUUAUCAGAAAUACUUAUUUUAUUCGAUAAAAUUAUCCAUUAUAUAUUAUAUUGCGUUAAAUUAUUUGGUAAAAAAUUUAAACGCAUAGUUAUAACACUUAUAACACUCAUAUUCAAUCUGAGUAAAUUGAAAAGGUUUGAAUAAGCUCAUAAUACAUAUAAAUAAUAAUAAAAUGCAAUAUCAAUGUAUUGUGUUUUUUAUGUUAUUAUAACAAUAUUGAUUGCGAAUCUGAAGUUCAUUCAAGGUGGUAAACUGGUAUCACAGUUACUGAUAAAGAUGUUUCAGGGGGGAGGUAUUAAAACUUAGGUACGCCACUGAACCUCACUCCAGUUACGAUUUUGGAUACCUACAGCCUUGAUUAAUAGAUUUGCCACUAGUAGAGUGAGGUUGAAUUGGCGAUAACCCAAAAUUGUUUGUUCAUCACUCAUCAAAUCCUUGGUCUUCUCCCUUUUUUUGCAUGCUCCCCAAAAAAAGGUCUGGCUACGCCUAUGGUCACUGAUUUAUAGAGAUACAAGUUUGAAAGAAAUCAAUUUAAAUUGUUUCGUUGCGCCCUGCCCCAUUUGAUAAUGCCCUAGGCUGCAAUAUUUUUAGUCUAAUGUUUAAAUAAUCCCUGGGUAGGUACCUAUAAAUUCAAGAAAAAAUGUUAAAAAAAAACCAAGGGGUACGAUGUCUAAAAUACCUCCUCACACUUAAAUAUGCCACUGAAUUACUAUAUUCAACUUCAAAUCGCUUUUAUGUACUAAAGUAGUUAAUUAAAUUAAUUUUUUUUUUUAUGUAAAUAAAAUUAGUUUAUACAUUAUCUAAAACUCGUAGUCUUAUAGAUAUUAUAUGUGUGUGAAAUUGAAUCAUGAUAAUUUAGAUUGUGUUUUAUCUGUAAAAACAAAUUUAAAUAACAAGUACCUAAUAAAUAAUAUACAAAAAAUAAAAACUUAAAAAUAAACUAUACUAAAAGUUUAUUGUAUAAAAGCUGAUGAAGGUUGAAACCCCAAAAUAUAGAUAAGAAUUUGAGAACAAUUGUUCGUGAUUUUUGGUCGUAUAUAUGUAUAUUUUUUUUAAGGGUCUACGUGACUGAAUGCUCUGAAAAACCGUCAGUUCAGACUUGUGUUGAGCUCACGAACCUAUAACCCGUAUACACGUAUUGCCCUUAAAACCUUUAUGUCUAAAUUCUGCAUAUGCGUCUUUAUGAGUAUAAUACACAAUCUGUAUAACACAAUUUUCGAACACAUCGAGGCUUUUGUACGUUGCACCUGAUAUGCGCAUCGUGUAAUAUUAUUUAUUUUUUACAGUACAGGUACAUAAGUGAGUAGAUAAGGUUUAUAUUCAAGAGACGGCAUCAUAAUUUCUCGUUUGGCGUUACAAUACGUACUGUGUACCUAAUUUAUAAUUAUAAAAAUAUACGUUAUUUCAUUUUGUGAGCUUAACACAAGUUAUCAUAAAGCUAUUGUUCUUUCAAUGUUUAUUAUUAGGUCGGUUUAUCUUGUACCGUUUUAAUCAAAAAUCUUAAUAAUAACGAUGUACAUAUAUUAUUAAAUUUUUAGAUAGAUAAGAUAAUAGAUCUUGUAAGUAUACUUUUAGUGUAUAUCAUACACUGUUUAAUGCAUAUAUUUGUAAAAAAUGUUCACUAAAUACACCAAAAAAUCUAUAUUAUUUUCUUUAGAUAGACAAAUAUUAUGGUAUCUGCUAUCUGCAGAUUGAAUACAAUGAAUAAAAAAAAAAAAAAUUGUUGAACAAAAUAUGGGCAGAUAAUUUUUAUAAUUUUAUUGCACUUGAUGACUUAAUAAAUGGCUAAACAGUAUAUACUGUGAACAACCUUAAAACAUUGAAUUUAGAUUUUUUUUUUAUUUUUUAAAUUAUUUUAAACAUUAACUUUAUUUUAAGCAUGGGGUUAUUUCCCUAAUUAGGUUUUAAAAAAUACGUUUUUGUAAAUGUCACUUAUAAUUGUUUAUUAGUAGAACUUUUUUAAAUGAAAGGUGAGUUUCCCGGUUUAUGAUUUUCAGUGUUCUUCUUUUACUUUAAGUUAGAUUUAUUAUUCCAACAAUAAGUAGGUAGGUAGCCGGUGGCUAAUAAAAUAUUAUGAAAUGUUGUACGGUGCUGACGACUGAUGAAUUAAGUUUUUAAACAAAAAUUCCAAAAUGUUUAAUAAGUAUCUAUUUGUAUAGGAUAUUUAAAACUUUAUAAUUUAACUUUAUAUACGUUAUUUAUUAAGAAUAACUAUAUUUUAGUUUCAGAAUAUAGCUUGAAAUAUAUUAAUUUGACUGUAAGGUAUGCUUUUUUUUUUUAUCUGUUAAUUACUUUUUACCAAUAGUCUGGUAGUAUCUACUUCAGAGGUGGUUUCUGGUAGGAUAUUUUUUCUAGUUGGUGCAUUGUAGUUGCACAGUCUGUUUUAUUAUUAUUCAUUGAAGUUAGUGGUUGUAUACGAGUAUAAAUAUUAUGUAUAACUAUUGGCUGCUAUACCUAUAUUAGAAUAUCAAUGAUACAAAUAAUAUAGAAAAAAACUUAAAAAAACAUGGCAAAUUGAGAAAGCCAGUCAUUUGUUGAACCCAUCAGGAAUAUAUUUUAAAUUUAACAAAUAUAGAAAUAAAUAUUGAAAAUUGAUUAUUAAUUAUUACAACAAUUUUAAUCUUAAUAAUACAAUUACAACUGAUAAAAGUGUUCUGAUUAUUAUUAAUUUGUUUUUUAGAUGAAGUGGUUUGGUGUCGUGAUGGUUAGCAUGCUUUUAUUGACAAUUGCAUUGGUUAGCGCAGACAAAAAGAACGAAGACGAGAAAAAUCUCAUAGGUCCGUCUCUGAACCGCGUAGCCAGAGCUGCAAACGGCGUAAAAGGCGAGUAUCUACUAUUACAUUAUAAAUAAUAUUCCUUUAAUUAUUUUAUUAUUGUUUAUUUAACAGAUAAUAACUGUCAUUACGAGAAAACACAAUGGUCACCUUGUGAUGAAAAGACUAACGUGAAGACACGUACUUUGACUCUGAAGAAAGGUGACGAAACCUGUGAAAAGACCAAAAAGAUCGAAAAGAAGUGCAAGAAAGGUACCCGUGAUUUAUGUAAAUAUAAAUACAACAUAACUCGUUUAUAGAGCAUCAUGCAUUUAUUACGCUUUUUCAAAUGGGUUCGCUCAAUAUACAAUAUUACGCAUCACAUUUACGUAUCAUAUUUGGUCUUAUUAAAAAAACAUUUACUAUAGAAUAUGACCAGCGCGGGAAGUAGAUGUGGGCGACCAAUGAAUCUCUUCCUGUUUAAACGGCCUCAUUGCGUAUAUAUGUGUUGAAUAUACGUUAGACUAUCUAACUUAUAACGAACAGUUAUACAAUUAUUUUAUGGUGUAUAAAUAUUUUUAAAAAAAUUAUAAAAUUAAACAAUAACACUAACCUUAUAGCGGGGAUUUUAAACUACACAACAAUAAACAAACUGCGGCAGUAUAAUAUAAUAAUAGAUUUUCUAAUAGAUCCACAUCAUCACGAUAACAAUUUAUUAGCUUUUGAAAAAUUAAAAUGCAUGUGGUUGUAUGUUUUGGAUUAUGUGUUGUUUUAGCAUGCAGGUAUGUGAAGGGCACGUGGAGUCCGUGUAACUCGCACAACGAGAUGAUCAGGACAGACACACUCAAGGAUCCGUCUACCGAGAAUUCUAAUUGCGAGAAGACCAGACAAAUCACGAAAAAGUGCAAGAACAAGGGACGGGGCAACAAAGGUAACAAAUAAAUAAUAACCCAUAAAGGGAAAAUGGUUAAUAUGCAGUCAUUUUGCUUGAAUUAUGCUUUCACCUAACAGUUUUUUAAAACAAUAUUAUUAUCGAUAGACAAUUUUAUUUGUACAAAAAAAAAAACAUCGUUUCUUUCUAAUUUUAAAAUUUUCAUUUUUGUUUUACAUAUUUUAUAAUUCGUUUUAAAUACUAAAUCCAUUUUCUGUAAUCUCAAUUCGAAUCAUAAACGAAACCCGUACCACUUCAACUUGAAUUUCUCCCUUUUACAAUAUUAAUAUAUUACAUUAUUGUCAUUAAGUCUCUAGUCUGAAAAACAAUAUAUUUAUAUUACCAUUUCAUUACAAACUGUACUUUACUAGGUAUAAUAUUAGUUCACUGUGUCCUAAGUUUUUGAGAAACACUGUGAAUUUCUAUGGUUUAUUAUCUUGUACGUGUUUUUGUUGUAUUAAUGUUUUAUAUAAAGUAAAAAUAUUAACAUCGUAUAAAAAAACAACAACAUUAAAAUUAUACACCCCUAUACUUACGUAAUUCGGUAACAACAUAUUUUUAUAAAUUUCGUCAAUGCUGUACAAAUAUUGCUGUGUAAGUAGGUAUAGUUUUAGGUUAUUUGUUGGCCAUUAUCGGAAAUUUAAAAUACACAUAUUUUAUUAAUUUUAUAUCAAACCAAUAAAGAAAAAAUGAUGUUUAUUGUACAAAUAUUUUGUGAAAACUUUUGAUGACUUCAAAUUAACUUGUUUUUUUAAAAAAAUUAUUUUAAACAUACACUAUGUUUUGCAUCUACAAUGUCCCCAUAACACUAUUCAUUUUCAUUACUCGAAAACGUAAAUAUUAUACGUUUUAUUUUAUGGCUCAUUUGUUACAUAAUAUUUGAAAAUGCUUGAUUUAACACAUUUUUCUUCAAUCAUGCAUACAACACUACUAUACUUUAAGUAAUAUACGUACUUAAAUUUACAUGGUAUCAUACAAUUUUAUCUUUAUGCUAAUAGUUCUGUCAAUAUUCAUUUUGAGUUAUUUGAAAUCCUCUAUUAUCCGUCUAUUAUUUCUUUUGGAACAGGCAACACCAGGUGGGUCAGCUAGUAUAAUAUAAAAAUAUAUAAUAUUAUUUACUAAAUUUCUAUUCAAAAUAUUGCCAUCAAAAGUUAUGUGACUAUCACCAAAUAAAGGAAGAAAAAAUAUGCUACCAUUUAUAGUUGUGUUGCGUAUAUAUAAUAUAAGCUAUAAUUUUCUCAAUUUUUUUGAAAAAUGAAAAUGCCUCGAUUUAACAAAAACAAAAUACAUACAUUUAGAAUACUAUAGUAGUUUCAUGUGUAUCAAGUACUUGGUUAUUUAUUGUACAAUCGUGCAGAUAAUUAAAUAAAAAUGUUUACGAAAAAUACGAUUCGGGCGGCAAAAACCUCUCGGCCACUGAGCCUAUGAUCUUAAUUAAGAAACCAAAUGUACACCAUAAAAAAUGAGAAUUGGCUCUAGAGUUGCACUCUGCAACGUUAGUUGUAUUUGUUCAAUAUUAUUAUUACGAACAAAAUUAUUUAUGUUUGAGUAACUUAAAAUUAUCAGAUUUUAGAACGAUAUUUUAAUUUUGAGAUUUUAGCUACUCUUGGAAUUUAAAAACUUUUAAAUUCUGAGUAGCGAGGAAUAAUGUACUGUAGGUUUUUCAAUGAUAUGUACGGUUUUUCUUUUUGUGUCUUUAAACAACUUCUCUACCAGAUAUCUUGCUUUAAAUUAAAAACUACAAGAGAAUUUAGAGCUUUAGUGCACUGUAGAGGAAAUUGUUUGUAUUUUUUAAAUUUUUUAUACAAAUUGGGAAUAACUAGGAAAAGUAGACCAAUAUAUGACAAUAAAAGUUUCAUUGUUUUCGAUUUUACUUUUUUGUUGUAAUUGGGUUAAAAAUAAUCAUAAAGACCUAAAGUAUUUAUAAAAUACUGAAAUUAUCAUUUUAAAUUUUGAUUUUUAUUUAGUUUUGUGUAGAUAAAGUUCUUUCGGCUUAACAGAAAUACUCAAAAACUUUUUAUUAAGUUUUUGAAUUUCAAAUGGAAAUUGUAAAAUUACUUAAUUUCUUGUGCUAUUUUUCAAUUUAUGAGAUAUAAUUUUUCGAUUAAGCUAAAAUUAUUUUAUUUAACACGAGGCCUAUAUCCUAAGUUGUAUUUGAUAUUAAAACAAAAAAAAUUGUGCGUAAUGUAGUAGUUUUUUAUAAGCUUUUUUAUGUAAAAUUUUGACGAAAAUUGUACAAAUUUAGGUAUUUUUUGUAUUUGUGGUAUCAAGAAAAUAAAACCAACAUUCUACAAUACAAGUUCUCCUUAUUUGUAUGAUAUAAAUUAUGUUUAAAAAUAUGUCUGUGCAGAACGAAUAUUUUUUGACAGUCGAAUGACGGAUGGUUUUUAUAUUUUAGGAUUAUAGUCAAAAAUACUAGCUUUAUAUGAUUAUAUACGAUAGUAAUUAUUAGCAAGUGAACAUUGUUAUAAUAAUAUCCGAUAGUUUGCAACUUUAACAUUAUAUAUCUCACUGUACUAUAUUAUGUUUAUGGUUAGAAUGGUCAAGAGAUUAGUGCGAUUUAUUACGGUGUACCAAUAAAUCAAAGAAUAUUGUAUGCCUACGUAAUAGGUAUGUUUUGUUUUGAUAUAUGUAUCAGAAUUAGUAUAAAAAUAUUCCCCGUUAAAAGUAAAACUCAGAGGUCACCGAUAAACCUUGUUUAAUUUGUUAACUCCUACAGAAUUAACAAGGAUCUAAUAACAUAUAAUAAACAAGUCAUCUUACAAUUUGAAAUAUUAUAAAUGAUAUCAAUUCAUUUACGAGUGUGUCGAGUAUUAUAUACUUGAUAAUACAUUUUAAUAAUUAAAUGAGUUAUAUACUAUAUCCGUGUAAUUCGCGAGAUUAACGUUGGUACAAGGUGAAUUAAUCCGCCUUGCGUCUGUAUUAAUCUUAUCACGUUAUGUAUCUAUAAUCUAUAUGCUGUGUAUUGGUUAUAGAAUAAAUGUUUGAUUCAAUCAUAUCAAUCCGAUAUAGGAACUCGGCAAUCCAUAUAACCACUGCAGCUGCAGACGUUUAUUCAUUUCCGUAAUUGUAAAUUGAUUCACCCCCCUCACCCAGUAAAUAAUAUUAUUAUAUUAUUUUCAUAUUUCCGCCGCUAAAAUUUUAAUCAAUAAAAAUAAUUAUUGCACGGAAGAACACCUAUAAUAUUCUCGUUCGUAUAUUUACUCUGUAUUAUUGUGUUGCAUAUUUUAUUAAAUGUACACAAUAGAGAAAUAAAUAUUAUAUUAUGGGUAUGUUUAAACUAACGCCCCCGAUGCCUAAAUGCUUAAUAAUAAUAAAUUCUGAUCUACAGUAAGUAUAAUUAAACUCGAAAGUAUGAUGCUUAAUCAAAGAAUUUACACACAAUGUAUACCUGUACUUUAUUAUAGUUUGUGUGCUGAACAAAGGUCAUAAUAAUACGGUGUAGGAUAUAGGAUAUAUUAUUUUAAAUUCAUUCGUUCGUAAUACCAUUGAUUAUAAAUUAUAAUUCAUUCCGAUUUUAUAACCUUAUAUUAGAAUUUAUAAUAAGUGUACUAGGUAGCAUGUUUUCCCCCCGUAGAAUAGAAUCCAUAAUAAUAAAAUGAAAAUCGAAUCAAAUGAUCGAAUGACGCCCCGGGGGGGAGGGAGAAGGGAGUCGUAUAACACAAUUUGGCACUUGAUUUCGGUCUAACAAACCUUUUACACGCGACCCCUAUAGAUACGGUAGCCGGAUAUACCAUCAUGAGUAUCUCGUAUACAUAUAUAACCUAACCUAACUGUAUUUAUGUAUACACAUUUGAUUGGAAACCACAACGACCGUAUCCACAUAUAUAUAUAUAUAUAUAUGAGUAUCGAGUAUGGAUACACGGAAAGAGGGCGCUUGAUGUCUGAUUUUCAAUGGAUAAAAAUGUAUAUAAAUAUAUAUAUAUAUAUAUAGUAUAUAUAAUAUACAUUAUACAUAGGACGGAAGGGGCGGGGAAUCGGAGCGUACGGUUAUUUAUUUUCAUAGCAUCGUUGCGGGAGGAAAUCGGGCGGAAAAAAAAAUAAUCCCGAUAUGCACUUUUGAUAUAUAAAAUAGAGUAAACCUGGACCUGCAAUGCCGGACCACUUAUUUAGCUAUAGAGGGUAGCCAAAUCGAUGAGAAAGGACAACGUACAAUUGCUGCAGUUGUACUUGCUGGUUAUAUAGGUAUUUUAACACGAUUAUAUUAUUUUCAAAUUAUAUUAAAUAUUUCAUUUUAAUUACUAACUGUUGUUAUAUGUAUAAGGGCUUUAAUUUUAAUUCAAUCGAUCGUUUUCGGAAUUUUAAAAUAAUCAAUUAAUCGUAAAGAAGGCGUUCACAAUUAUUAUGGCAUUAUAGAUAUGUGUCAUUUGACCAUUUUCGAAAUAAAAUUUGUUUGUAUCGAUAACUUAGAAAUUAACUCUUCUUCCCCGAGACCAAAGAAUUUUAUAUAAUAUGUAUGGAUAACCCUCGAAUCGGAAAAUAAAAGAAACUCACCCCCCAUAAAAAAAACCCCCGUUUAUUCGUAGUCAAUACUAUAAUUUAAUACACAGAAUAUUUUUUUGGAAAAAUGUCGGUGUACAGUUUUGACCAAAGUAAAACUAUACUAAUUUUCAUCGGACAAUCGAGUGUAAAAACCACACGUACGCCGCCGGUGAUGGAUCGGGGUAUAAUAAUAUUUACAGCCUAUACUUUCCAGUUAUACUAUCUGGUAUACUUUUUCGAUAUACACAAACGAACAUCAUCGUCACGGUCGUUAAGAGGACGUUAUAUCCGCAUCUACUGCAGUGGCGUAACUAGAACUUCUAAUGCCCGUGGUAAAACACUGUAGAUUAACUAAAUUAUGAGUCAAGUGCAGGGCCGACGCUAUGUGGGGGAGUGUACGACCAUUUAUAGUCGAAAAUAAUAAAAAGUAAAAAAAAAGGCUAUUAGUAAAAGAUUUAUAGAUUCUGAUUCCAAUAAAGACUGAUAGCAAAAAAAAAUCAUCAAUCCCAUCAAUAAUUGCUAACCCUGGCCAAGUGCCACUGUUCGAAUCGGAUCCCAAUUUACACAGUUUGGCGUUUGUUUUCAUGCAUCUGUCCACUCAUGUUACUUAAUGAGCAAAAAAAUGGUCAUCGUCUGGUUUUUUGUUUACCUGUCCAUUCACUGAAAAAUAAUGUCCUGGGGCCCCUUAAUGUCAUAGGCCAGUGGCUCAAUGCUCGUCAUGCCAGUCUAUCAGUACGCCACUGAUCUACUGUCCCCGUCCAAACUACCGGAUAUAACAUAUACAAAAACAACGCUUACGCAGAAUAAGUAAAACUAUAGAUUAAUUUUGAUUUUAAAAGCACCUUUAUGUAAUUUAUAGAGAACAAUAUUUCGGAGGGUAUGUCUUAGGUGUUUUUCGAAAUAUGAACUAUUAAAAAAGUUACAAUUAUUAUUUAAAAAAAGAAAAUAAUGAAGGUUUUUGUGCAUUUUAUAUCGAACUGUAUAAUUUGAAUAAUACAAAAAACCUAUAACAUUACCUCCGAAAUAUUGUUCUCUAUAAAUUUCAUAAUAGGUACUUUUUUUUUUUAUUCUAAAAUCAAAAUUAAGCUAGUUUCAUUUAUUCUGCGUAUAAGCAUUGUUUUGUCGAGUGUUACCCGGUCGUCGGACUGAGACGGUAGUUGCGCCGGUAUAAUAUAACGUCCUCUUAACACGGGCGGGACACGACGACGGGCCAUUGAACAAAAGCGGAAAAAUUUACGUCGCAAUCGCGCGUAUUAAACCGACUGCUUAAUUGUCGUAUUAUUAUAUUGGUACAUAACACGCGCGCCGCGUUCCUACAUAACGAACCGUUUAACCGUGAAAUAUGCUUACCGUACGCGAUGCGUAUACGUAUAACAUACGUAAUAAAAUAAUAUAACGGAGUGCGUAUGCCGCGCAUUAUAUAUUACAAUACGUAUAGCUAUGCAGUACUAUGCGCGUACGGCGUCGCUUAUUUUUAGCGGUAACACGAUCCCCGGGUCGUAUAAUCCUGCGGAAACGACCGUGGCAUUUCCUGUGCUUUUAUAGCCGCGGUGUUUAUGUAUCGAACACGGUUUACAUUAUAUUAUUAUUACAUAUACCCGUAUACAUAUAUGUAUGUGUGUAAGAGGUAUAAGGUAUAAUAACUGCAAAAAGUGAAUACAUUAUUAUCGUGCGUAUAUUUUACACUCGUGUGCUGUACGCACAUUAUGAGAUACCUAUACCCGUCUAUUCUCGCAUAUUUUAUAUAUUAUAUGUGUGCGUCUCCUAUUCCUACUUCACCAUAAUAAUACGCUGCGCGUAAUACAUGUAGGUAUUCGCUUUAUAUACGCGCGUAUACAAUAUCUGUGUGUCGAGCGUAAUAUUAAAACGGAGAAUUAUGUAUAUACAGGGUGAUCAGUUUAUACCGUAAAAUUCUCAUUAUCCCGGAAGUGUUAAUUUUUUUUGCGUAAUUUGUUUUAUAGAAAAUUUAAGAAACAAUAUAUAGUAGCUCUACAAUUCUACACUUAUGUUAUUUUUAGAGCUAAAAUCACUACUUGCAUUUGAUUUUCAAACGACAGUCUAUAUUAAAAAUUCCAUUAAUAGAUGGAGUAUUAGUUAAAAUAAAUGUUGGUGUUGACAUUUUUGAUUUCCGUUGACGAGAUAUUCCACUUUUUGGUCGGGACAGGGUAGUGAUAUAUUAUUAAAACGCUGCGCGCCGUGUCACUACACAAAUGAUGUUUCACACCACUCUCCCCCGAUCCAAACUUAAAAGUGGAAUAUCUCGUCAAUCAAACAUUUCAACACCAACAUUUAUUUUAACUAGUGCUCCAUCUGUUUAUAGAAUUUUUAAUUUUGGUUGCCAUUUGAAAAUCAAAUGUAAAAUUGUAGUGCCGCUUGUCUUUUGAAUUUUCUAUAAAACAAAUUCUGAAAAAAAUUUAAUGCUUUCCGAGAUAAUGAGUGUCAUACGAUAGAUUCAUCACUCUGUAUAGUAUAUCUAUGCCAAUAUGUACUACGCGUCAAAGAGCGGCGUAUUGUACGAAAAAUAUAUAAUAUAUAAAAAAAAAACGUCAUUAUUAUACAGAUUAUAGAUACAAAAGGUAUACCUAAUAAUACAUAUAAUAACGUGUUCACGAAAGUGAAGAAAAUCGAUUUUAUUGUUUUACCAGAGAACAAUUUAAUCGAUAAAAUGUUAAAAAUGAGCUCAAAGGUCUAAAAGUUUAUUUUGGUAUUCCCCCUCUUCCUAAGGAAAAAAACCAUUUUCAUCCGAUCCGUCCAGGUGAAAUAUUUUUUAUUAACCGUCAUAUGUACAGGUACCAUUUUAAUGAAAGCCCCGUUUUAGUAUAGUAGCUGGUGUAUCUUAUAUCGUAUUUUUCGAAUGUGUUUUUGGUAAAAAAAAAAAAAAAAAUUAUGCCUGGUCAAAUCGAAAAACGAGGUUUUACAAAUUUAAAAAUUAAGUUCUCCCGCUUUUGAAGAAUCUUUAACAUUUACACGCUGGAUUCGCAUCACGGUCCCGCGACAGUAUACGAAUCCGACGAAAAUCCGUUGCUAGAGAAAUGUAGUUGUACCUAAAUGAUAACUCCUGGUUUGUUUUUAUAAUAUGCUUGCUUUUUGGUUAGUUUUUAAAACGUUAAGUAUUCGUCCCGCCCACGGGUUGUAUAUAAUGUUUUCCCCCGAAAUACGUAAUCCGUGUAUAAUAUAUGUUUUUUUGUUUGUUUUUAUGUGUUCCAGGAAACAAGCAAAAUCGUAACAGGCAGUAGACGCGCACUACACAAACGCCCGUAUACCCGUCACGACACAUCCCCAUACGCACACACAUAAAUUAUAUGAGUAAAGCACGUACCGAAUCGCGACGAAGGAAAAUAAUCGUAAUAAUAAUAUAUUAGUUUUAUCCGUUAUCUUAUUCUAUAUUUCUUCCUUCCUCCGAUAAUAUAAUAUAAUAUUACCCCUCAUCAAUCCACCCGUUAUCGUGUGCGUAUAUUAAUCGUUCCAUAUUAAUGUAAUAAUGUUAUAAAGAUUUCCACAAACCGAUUUUUCGUUAGCUUUCGAUUAAAUAUUUCCUUGACGAAAAAGUAAAAAUAAAUACAUAUUAUUAUAUUGUUUCGUGAUUGUAUUUGUUUACCUACCUACUUAAAUUAUACUGUAAUGAUAACAUUAUUAUUAUUAUACUUACACAGAUAAAAAAAAAAAAAAAACAAAUAUUAUAUCUUCUCAUUUCACACGAUAUAUAGUUAAUUUUUAAAACAGACAUAUUAAAAAAAAAAACUUAUCAAUAUUUCAUUCGCGUUAUUAAAAUAAAUACAUAUUACUAUUUUUACUAGCUGUACUCGUAUUUUAACAGAUUUUUUUUUUUUUUUUUGGAAUAUUACACGUAAUUAUUAAUAUAAUAAUAUAAUAUUCUAUUAAUGGCGUCUAUUUAGUAUCACGAUAUUGAAUCAUGAUAAAAAUACGCUUCAUUCCAAAGGUUAUAUCAUGAAAUAUUACGAAAAAAUAUUCUAGAGCGGUCCUUCGUUACCGCAUUUUUAAUUAUUAUUAUUAUCAUAUUUUUAUCAUGAUCAUUAUUAUUAUUAUUAUUAUAUAACGAGUAUAAUAUUAUUAUGAUUGUAUGAUUUAGUUUAUAAGUAUACCUAUUGUUUUUAUAGGCUUGAUUUGUGUAGAGUAGAUAUUAAUUUAGAUAUUAAUUUAUUAUACUCCUAACUUUAAUUUUUUCUUAUUUUAGCGGCGCAUAAUUUUAUAAAACCAAUAAAAAAAAUUUGAAAAAAUUUUUUUUUAUGUCUUGUAUUUUAUACGAAUAUUGUUUCUCUUGACAUUGAACAUCGUAAUAUUAUAAUCUCACGCCUAAUUAUUUUUUAUGACAUUCGUGCGGUGGCCGAAAACAAAAUAAAAACUGUCUGACGCAU